AUGUCAUCAUCAUCUCGAUUCCACGUACGUUUAAUGCGUGAAGAAGAUCGCAAUGAAGUAUUAUCUUUAUUACUAAAUUCAUUUUUUCAAGAAGAACCUUUGGCUAAAUGUCUUGAAUUAAAUGAACCAAUUGAUUUUGCUGAAAAUGUUAUAAAUGAUGCAUUACAAGAUCAUUGUUCAUUUGUUGUGUAUGAUAUUCAAACAGAACAAUUAGUUGGUGUUUGUCUUAAUGAAAUUAAAUUCGUAGAUGAUAAACAUAUUAUUAAUGAAACAAAUGAAAAGAUUUAUUUUAUUCUUCAUUUUUUAAAUCAAAUGCAUAAAAAUAUAAAUCUUUUUCAACAAUUUCAAACAAAUUCACUUCUUCAUAUAUUUAUAAUUAAUAUACAAAAGAAUUAUCGUGGUUAUGGACUUGGUUCAAAACUAAUUUCAGCUAGUAUUGAACAUGCAAAAACAAUUCAUAUUAAAGGAAUUUAUGCUGAAGCAACAAAUAUUUAUUCAUUGAAUUGUUUUAAACAACAAGGUUUUCAAAGUUAUGAUCAAAUUAAUUAUACUGAUUAUGAUCAAAUUCGUUUAGCAAAUCUGAUUGAUUCUCAUGAAAAUCAAUGUCAACUUGUUGCACGAAAUGUUUAG